AAUAUGCUGUACGAAACGAAAUAAUAUUUCACUUUAUACUGGAAUACAACAAAGCCAAAUAUGCGUGUAUUAAUUGUGUGUUAUAUAUUUGCGCUUGCUAUGGCAAUUGCUCAGGCGACUGUGUGUAAGCUGAAGAGCGAAUGUGCGAGCAGCCAAUGUUGUUACAUCAAGCCAGAGUUUGAGGUGGUGAGCAAGAAACGCCAGUCCAUCCUGCCGUUGCAGCCUAUAUCCACACAUAGUGACACGGGUGUAUGUGAAAACUACAAGCUUGAAGGAGUGCCUUGUUGGCCUUUGGAGACUAUGAACGGCCACUGCGGCUGCACACCCGGAACUUCUUGCCAGUUUGUCCCCGAACCAACCCUUCCGGCGCCAACCUUAGUCGCCAUCAUCCAGAGAAGCAUCUAUAUGCCAGGACCUGGGUCCUACCAGUGUGUCACUAAAGUGUAAUGUGUGUGCGUUUUGUUUUAGCUGGUUGAAAAAUAAAAAAGUAUUCCUUUAUGUGCAUUUAAA